AUGGACCAUUCGAACAUGAACCACUCGGCGAUGGGCCAUCACGCGGGCAUGGACCACUCAAUGAUGGACCACUCGGGCAUGGACCACUCGGGCAUGGACCACUCGGGACACGAGGGGCAUGGCCUGGCAGGGGCUGUGGUCAGCACGACGGUCAAAGCCAUUGUCGACGCCGUGCAGAGCGGAGGUGAUCACGGUGCACACAUGAUGCACACCACAGACCACGGAGAUCAUGACAUGGGUAUGGAUAUGGAUAUGGAUAUGUCGAUGACUUUUCAUUUUGGUUACAAUGAGGUCAUCCUGUUCGAUUUCUGGAAAAUCAGCACCAUCGGGGGUCUGAUUGGCUCGAUGGUCGGCAUAUUUAUCCUCGCUAUGCUGUAUGAAGGACUUAAGUACUUUAGAGAACACCUAUUUCGCCAAGCCAUCGCCACCAUGCAGUACUGUGCCAAUGUAGAUAAAAAUAACAUCACAGAUGAGAACAAGCAGAUGAGGUUUAUGGAGCAGAUAAUAAUGCCCCCAACAAUGAGCAUGCUGAGCAAGGACCAUGUCAUCCAGACGUUAAUGCACAUGCUCCAGAUGAUCGUCAGUUACCUGCUCAUGUUGAUUUUCAUGACUUACAAUGUGUGGCUUUGCUUAGCCUGUGUCUUAGGGGCAGGCCUCGGCUACUUCCUCUUCGGUUGGCGUAAAUCCGUUGUCGUUGACAUCACGGAGCAUUGUCAUUAGGGUUCAGCGUUUGUGCUUACACCGGGAAGGGAGAAAAGCAGCCCCAGCCUUUUAUCUUAAGCUGUGGGAAUUUUGAUCAGAAACAUAAGUAUAACUAGAUUCGGCCGGGUAUGGCAUGUAAGUACAUGUCAUGCCCAUGGAGAGUUUAGUUUAUUACUUGUCUUUACACAGAUGGCUCUAUAAGUACUUAGUCACCAAUUAGCCAGUUACUAGUAUUACCUUCAUCAGUUGAGGUCACGAGGUCUGCUGAUUGACUCCUUGGUGACUGAGCACUUGUGGAGCCAUGUAUGUGUAGAGUCAUUUCACAAAAUACUACAGUGAACACUACAUUUUCCUGGCAGCACUGGGUUAAUAUUGUUAUUAUCAUUCUUGUGAUGCGUUGUGAUUGGGUCUCCCUGUCAAGAGGGAUGCCUUUGAUGCUACAGCAAAGUUAUGCUUACUUUCAAAGGUGCAGUUUUAAGGGGGGAUAUUUUUUCACAUAAACAACAGGUUUUUAAUUCCAAGCUGUUGUAUAUAUUUUAGAGAUAACUUCAUGUUCCCUUUUUCACAAUUUCUCUCUCUCUCUCUCUCUCUCUCUCUCUCUCUCUCUCUCUCUCUCUCUCUCUCUCUCUCUCUCUCUCUCUCUCUCUCUCUCUCUCUCUCUCUCUCUCUCUGUGACUUCCUCUCUCUCGCAUUUUUUCAUUCCAUCUUCUGUUGCAUUAUAUCAUUUUUUUGUUGUUAGCACAUCAUCUCAAACAAGAAAGAAAAUAUCGUCACAUCUUUGUACAUAAAGACGAAGUUGACUCAUAUUUUCCUGAAUAAAACUUCCAUUUUAUAGAAAAUAGUUGAAAUAUUUAUUUAGUUAUCUUUGCUGUAGUAUUGCCAACUUAUAUACUUUUAUCAUGUUCUUAACAUAUUCCUUUUAAACUUCAAAUUGUAAAGACAUUUAUUUAUAUUUUUCUCUUCUAUGCUGUAGGGAAUAUUUUCAAGUACAUUAUUGCAAUAUGUUAUUAUUACUGUUAUAUUGAUUGCUAUAUUUUUUAUCUUCAGUAUAGUUGUUAUUUUUUAAACAAGUGUGUACUUACUACUUCAUUCGCCUUUCCCAAAAAUGAAAAAAUCCCUCUUGCCUUAUAGAAAUUAUUGUUAUAUAUAAAAAUGUUAUUGAGAGAUUCACAACACUGUAAGGAAGAAGAACUUUACCUUGUAAGGAAGAACUUUACUUUGUAAGGAAGAACUGUACCUCCAUGGCAUUGCCUUCAUAUCAUUCAGUGUUUGAGUUGACAUGUACAAGAUUAUGACUCUUGGAUAAAAGAGUAAAUACAACAGGAUCAGUGUUUACAUAUUAUGUACUAAUUAUUUUGCAUAUUGUUGCAUUGGUAGUCAGUUAUGUGUUGAUUAUAUUUGACAUUUGAUUAUCUUAGAAUUAUUAUUAUUUUUUUUUGUUAUUAUUAUUUUUUUUUUCUGCAAAAAUAUAGCAUUUCAUGGUUCCAUAAUAUACAUACACUUUAGGCAGAUGUGUUGUUGUAUCUUUUCACAAAGUAUAUGUGGUUCACAACUUGUAAAGGUGAAGAAUUUAAUUGUACAUUUUUUUGAAAGGUUUUCUUAUAUGAAUAUAUCUACAUAUUUAUACUUAUAUCUACAUAUUUUUUCAGUUGAUUACAAAUGCAAAGGAAAUGAGAAAGUUGAAAGAAUGAGAAAAUUAUAUAAUUAAAUAGCAUCGUGAUCAUUAUACAUUGAUUAUUAUAACAGCGUUGAUUUGAAUAGAAAAUGGCUGUCAAAAGGCAUUAUAUUCUUUUGACAC